CAGUCAGAGUUAUGGAAUAAGCCUGUCAGGCAUACCACUUCUUAUAUUAUUUAUAGGAACUGGCUUCCUUCAUCUUCUCACGCUGGUGGGAUCUCUGUGCCUUCUCCUUUGUGCGCAACUCAAGGCAUCUCGUUGAUAGUGCUUCAAUAGCAUACGAGCCGUUGCUCACCUUUGCCAAACGUUGGUGUUUUCUGGUAUAGUUGUCAAACUGUGGACACAAGCAGGUCUCGUCCUUAUCAAGCAUUGAGACAGUUGUGCCCUCGCCUAUACCUCAAUAUGAAGAGUGUUGCCCUUCUUUGCGGCCUUCUGGCCUCGUCGGUGUCCGCCCACGUCCAGAUGUCCAACCCGUACCCCAUCCGCAGUCCCCUCAAUCCCAACGGCGGUGACAACAAGGACUACUCAUACACCAACCCUCUAUCCAGCGAUGGCCACGACUUCCCAUGUAAAGGAUAUGCAAACGAUCCGUUCUCUUCUGUGGCCAACUACUCCCCAGGCGGCUCAUACAGUCUGGAACUGCAGGGAAGCGCCACGCACGAGGGAGGAUCGUGCCAAAUCUCCCUCUCCUACGAUCAGGGCAAGUCAUUCAAGGUCAUCCACUCGAUGAUCGGAGGAUGCCCCCUUACCUCCAAGUACCAGUUCUCAGUUCCCUCCGACGCUCCCGGUGGGCAAGCUCUCCUGGCUUGGUCCUGGUUCAACAAGGUCGGCAACCGGGAGAUGUACAUGAAUUGCGCUCAGGUCACCAUCGGCGGUUCGAAGAAGCGGGAGGUCGCACAGCAGGAGAUCGCUGGUGCCGUCGCCAGCUUCAGCAGUGCUCCGCCCAUGUUCAUUGCCAACAUCAAUGGACCUGGAGGAUGCACAACCAUUGAGGGCCAGGACGUUAACUUUCCCCUUCCCGGCUCGUCCGUCGAGGGCAGCGGUUCAGGCACCGGUUACACCUGCACGGGCUCGGCCGACUUCUUGGGAGGCUCCCACGGCACUAACUCCGCCGUCUCUUCUUCGUCUUCCUCUUCUUCCCAUGCAUUGACUUCCUCGGGCGCGGGGGCUUCUUCGCCCUCCUCUUCUUCUUCCUCUUCUGCUUCUUCCCACUCUGCUUCUAAGGUGGCAUCCGCCUUUGGCUCCAACACGGAGCACACUGUGCUGCUACCGACUGUCCCUGCGCCUGCCCCCGCCGAGCCUGAGUCCGACCGGUUCGCUCACGGUGCCUCUCAUGGAGGAAACACUCACGGCACUGCCCACGAUAGCUCCCACGGCAGCUCCCACGGCAGUGGGUCUUGCGUGGAUAACACGAUUAUCUGUGACGAGGAUGGCAAGACCUGGGCCCUGUGCGCCCACGGCCGCCCAGUCCACAUGGGCUCUGUCGCUGAUGGCACCUACUGCAAGCACGGUGCCAUGCACGCCGCUUAGACUGCCAUGGCGGAAGUCCCAAUUAUCCCACGUCCCGAUCUAUCAAGACCUUACUUUCUGCAUUUGGUGCCUACCUCUCCCGAUGUCCAUCGAUGAGCAGGGUCACAAGUGCGUCUCUAUGCGUCUAUGUAUCUUCAAUAAUGAUGUAUUUUAAUGCUCUA